CCGAAGGCCGUGGCCGUAGAGAUGCGUUAUCUCGUAGCCACAACAAGAAGAAGAAAAACAUGACCACUGGUUUCCUUAAGUUUUAGAAGGUCUGUUGCGGUUCUUUUCCGGUUAGAGUGUAAAUCGCUAAAAUGGCGAGGGGACCUAAGAAGCAUUUGAAGCGCCUUCAUGCCCCCAAGGCAUGGAUGUUGGACAAAUUGGGUGGUGUUUUCGCACCACGACCAAGCACUGGUCCCCACAAGCUCAGGGAAUCACUUCCCUUGGUGAUCUUCUUGAGGAACCGUCUUAAAUAUGCCCUCACAAACUGUGAAGUUAAGAAGAUCGUCAUGCAGCGCCUCAUUAAGGUUGACGGCAAGGUCCGAACGGACCCCAACUACCCUGCUGGUUUUAUGGAUGUCAUCUCCAUUGAGAAGACCAACGAAAACUUCCGUCUCAUCUAUGAUGUCAAGGGUCGUUUCACCAUCCACCGCAUCACUGCUGAUGAAGCCAAAUACAAGCUUUGCAAGGUGAAGAGAGUUCAGGUUGGUCCCAGGGGCAUCCCAUUCCUUGUUUCCCAUGAUGGCCGCACCAUCAGAUACCCUGACCCAGCAAUUAAGGUCAAUGACACCAUCCAGCUUGAUAUUUCUACCAGCAAGAUUAUGGACUACAUUAGCUUUGACUCAGGCAAUCUUUGCAUGAUCACUGGAGGUCGUAACUUGGGGCGUGUUGGUACAGUCGUCAACCGCGAGAGGCAUCCUGGAUCAUUCGAUAUUGUUCACAUCAAGGAUAGCCAGGGUCAUGUUUUUGCCACCCGUUUGCACAACGUAUUCAUCAUUGGCAAGGGCACCAAGGCUUACGUCUCCUUGCCUAAGGGCAAGGGAGUCAAGCUCAGCAUUUCAGAGGAGCGCGACAAGAGGCUAGCUGCCAAAGCUACUUCUGGUUGAAGUUAAUUUGUUAUGGUGCUGUAAUAAAAAUUGAAAAAUCA